AUGAAACCGCUUAUGAUUCGGAGCUCUGUGGCCAGCCCACCUUGGUGGGAGGUUGUUUAUCAACAAGCCGAAGGAUGGCCCAAGACGAGCUCUGAGGCUCCUCUGGACGCCUCCCUGCAUGCUGAGUCACUGCACGGCCCGCGCAGUGGGCAGCCGGGCAGCCCUGCCGGUUCCUGCCCCAGUCCUGGCCGAGACCGUGGACCUUACAUAGCCUUCCUGUUCUCGCACUACCGCUGGCCCGUGCGACGGGCAAGUGAUAAAUCCAGAGCAGCUCCCACCAGCUCCUGGUCAAGGGCCACUGUGUCACCAUCAUCUCCUGUGAUCCCCAAACUUGGAGAAGAGGCCCACUUCACAGAUUAA